AGAAAACAGCAUACAGGUAUGGAACGACAUGAGGGUGAGUAAAUAAUUACAGAAUGUUCAUUUGGAUAUGCUGUGAUAAGCGUAUAGGCCAGCUCAGCUUGAAGCGUUUUUGGAGCAAUCAUUCCACUCAUGCUCAGAAGAAAGUCCAUCAUCCACGACAAGCUCUCGUCUUUUCGGUAUCUUUCAGCUGAAUGAUCAAAUACUUCCUUGAACAGACUGUAUGAAUUUGUAACAUCCAUGCGCUUGAUUCUGUACAGAUGUUCCUCAUGCAAACUUCAAAGCCCUCCUGCUUAGCAAUAAAAUCAAAGCUACAGCACAGCAAACCGUGAGAUUGGCGGAACUUGUAUCUGGAUCUUGAUGGAACACAAAAGGAUCUUCACGCAGCUCUUUUCAAUUCAGCAACAGCUAAUAGUGACCAUGACGGUCAAAACUAUAUGGGCGCUCUACUCGUUCCGCUUUUCCGCAGUUCUUUAGCCCAGAUCACUGGAGCAGUGUGAAGUCCCAUGCAGCUUCAAACGUUCAAUCAUUAUUCCUGUCCCAAAGAAACCCAAAACCACAGGACUUAAUGACUACAGACCCGUCGCUCAGACGUCUGUGGUCAUGAAGUCAUUUGAGAGUCUAGUGUUGGCCCACCUGAAGAACAUCACUGGACCCUUUCUAGAUCCCCUUCAAUUUGCUUAUUGAGCAAACAGGUCUGUGGAUGAUGCAGUCAACAUGGGAUUGCAUCAUAUCCUGCAACAUCUGGACAGACCGGGGACAUAUGCAAGGAUCCUUUAUGUGGACUUCAGUUCAGCUUUCAACACCAUCAUCCCAGCUAUUCUUCAGACUAAAUUACACCAGCUCUCUGUUCCCAUGUCUAUCUGUCAGUGGAUCACCAGCUUUCUGACGGACAGGCAGCAGCUUGUGAGACAGGGGAAAUUCACUUCCAGCACCUGUACGAUCAGCACUGGUGCCCCACAGGGAUGUGUACACUCCCCACUACUCUUUGACCCCUCUGUCAAGCUCCUGAAGAUUGCAGAUGACACUACUGUCAUUGGCCUCAUCCAAGAUGACAAUGAGUCUGAAUACAGAAGGGAGGUUAAACAGCUGGCUGUCUGGUGCAGUCAAAACAACCUAGAGCUGAACACGCACAAAACAGUGGAGAUGAUAGUGGACUUUAGGAGGAACACCCCAACACUGUCCCCCCUCACUAUUCUGAACAGCACUGUGGCAGCAGUGGAGUCAUUCAGGUUCCUGGGCACUACCAUCUCACAGGACCUGAAGUGGGAGACCCACAUUGACUCCAUUGUGAAAAAGGCCCAGCAGAGGUUGUACUUCCUUUGCCAGCUGAGGAAGUUCAACCUGCCACAGAUGCUGCUGAUACAGUUCUACUCAGCAGUCAUUGAGUCUGUCCUCUGCACUUCAGUAACUGUCUGGUUUGGUUCAGCUACAAAAUCAGACAUCAGAAGACUACAAAGGACAGUUCGGACUGCUGAGAGGAUUAUUGGUUGCCCCCUGCCCCCCCUUCAAGAACUAUACACUUCCAGAGUGAGGAAAAAGGCUGGAAAAAUCACUCUGGAUCCCACUCACCCUGCCCACUACCUUUUUGAACUGUUGCCUUCUGGCCGACGCUUCAGAGCUCUGAGCACCAGAACCGUCAGGAACAGGAACAGUUUUUUCCCUCAGGCUAUCCAUCUCAUGAACAGUUAAAACUGCCCCUUUGAGCAAUAAUUAUGUGCAAUACACAGCUUAGUCUAUGUAUAUUUAUCCAACAUACCAUACCUCUUCUGCCUUUACAUUCCCUUGCUUCUGUAUAUAACAGAUUUGUGUUUGUAUAUUGAACAUAUGUAUGUAUAUAUACCGGUCAAAAGUUUUUAAAUACUUAUUCUUUAUUAUAAUUUUAUUUUAAUUUUAUUUUUUCACAUUUUAGAAUAAUAGUAAAGUCAUCACAACUAUGGAAUAACAUAAAUGGAACUAUGGGAAUUAUGUUGUGACUAAACAAAAUCCAAAAUGAAUCAAAACUGUGUUAUAUUUUAGCAUCUUCAAAGUAGUCACUCUUUGCCUAGAAUUUGCAGACAUGUACUCUUGACAUUUUCUCAACCAACUUCUUGAGGUAUCACCCUGGGAUGCUUUUUAAACAGUAUUGAAGGAGUUCCCAUCUAUGUUGGGCACUUAUUGGCUGCUUUUCUUUAUUAUUUGGUCCAAGUCAUCAAUUUCAAAAACUUUUUUUUUUAUUAAAUUUUAGUUUUAUAAUGAAAUAAAU